CAAUGACCAGAUUGCCCUGGUCAAGUACAGCUCAAUGGAGCUGAUUGUACUGCGAGCUAACAUCUACUAUGAUGAGCAUGCUAAAAACUGGACUCAAUAUAUUGACGACGAGUACUCAUUCGUAUUUCCCAUGCAUUUACUGAUACCUGAAAAGCGAGACCUGUAUAACUCGUAUAAGAAUUACUUCAACAAAAUGCUGCCCGAAUGGAACAAGGAUAUUGUUAUUCUGGACUUGUUGUCCGCUAUAGUGCUGUUUAAUCCUAACCGUCCCAAUAUGGUUAACAGGGAAGCCGUUAUGGCCGAGCAGAAAAUGUAUGUCUAUUUGCUUCAGCGCUAUCUUAUGAUUAAAUAUCACUGGGAAUGGCAGUCGAAGUCAAAGAUGGCAAACCUGAUGAACUCGUUGCCAGACUUACAGCUCGUCAGUGCCAUCGAAGUCGAGAACGGAGUCGAAGAUAUCAACUCAAUUAUGGACGAGGAGUUCCUGCAAAGCCGUGCGAAGACAGGAAGUGACGGCAAAAGUGCCAAAAAGAAGGGCCCGAAGAAGAACGACAACAGAGAGGACUCGUCCGGCGAUGAUUGA